GGUUAGAGAGCGGCGGUGUGACUCUGAAGGAGCCGGCGUCAGAGGGCGAGAUCGAGAGCUCGGCGCCCGUCACGCUGCGCUGUCACAUCGAUGGACACCCACGGCCGACGUGUCAGUGGUUUAAAGACGGCAUGAAGCUGACAGAGAAGAGCCAUCAGAUCAACAACAAGGAGAGGACGCUGACCAUCAGGAGCGCCAGCCCGGACGAUAACGGCCUCUACUACUGCUGCGCCAAGAACGCAGCCGGACACGUCUGCAGCAACAGCAACUUCACCCUCAACAUCAUAGAUAAGAGUUUUCCUCGGCAGGUGGUCGCUCCAGAGGACCAGGUGGUGCUGAGGAACGAGGAGGCGGCGUUUCACUGCCAGUUCACCGCCGUGCCCGCCCCCACGCUGGAGUGGUACCACGAGAAAGAGCUGCUGGUUAACAAGUCUCGGGUGAUCCUGAUGUCAAACGGCUCGCUGCUCAUCACUCAGGUCAAACCCCGGAACACGGGGACCUACAGAUGUGUCGGCCGCGGCGUCAGCGGGGUUCAGGUCACGCUGGAAGCCUCCCUCCUCAUCGCAGAAAUCGAAGACAUGGUGCCCAGAAUGUCGAAGGUAUUCACGGCGGACACCCUGCAGCGGGUGGCGUGUCGGCCCCCGCGCGGCAGACCCGAACCCGAAGUGUGGUGGGAACGAGAAGGACAGCGAGUCCCCGCGGAGGGCCGGGUGUACCAGGACGAUCUGGACCUGGUCUUCAGUCCCACAGAGGGGGAAGACUCGGGGAUCUACACCUGUGUGGCUCAGAACAAGGCGGGGCGCAGGACUCAGGAGGUCACCUUCACUGUGGCCACGGCCCCGGUGUGGGUGACGAGGCCUCAGGACAGCCUGUUAGAGGAGGGGAAACCCGGUUUCCUUCACUGCCACGCUCAGGCCAACCCCGAACCUGAGGUCACCUGGUACCGCAACAGCAUGGUGGUCACAGCAGAGGACUCUCGCUUUAAGCUGUUUCCUAACGGCAGCCUCAGGAUCAAUAACGUGGAGGUGUAUGACGGACAGAUGUACAGCUGUGAGACGCUAACUGCAGCCGGGAGACUCAGUGGGCACGCCAGAGUUACUGUUCUGGAGAAGCUGAAGUUCACGCCGACCCCUCAGCCCUCUCAGUGCUUGGAGCUCGACAACGACAUCACCAUCCAGUGCUCGGCCAAAGGCAGAGAGCCCCCCACCAUCCGCUGGACCACAGCAGACGGAGGAGAGCUGCCGCCUCACGUGGAGCAGAGGAGCGGCCAGCUCCACUUCACCAAAGUGACCCGCAGCGACGCCGGGAACUACACCUGCAUCGCCUCCAACAGCCUGCAGGGGGAGAUCAGAGCGCUGGUGACCCUCACCGUGGCCGUGUACAUUCGCUUCAGGUUGGAGCCGGAGAACACGACAGUGUAUCAGGGUCACACGGCCGUCCUGCACUGUCAGGCCUCCGGAGACCCUGAACCCCACAUCCACUGGAUGGUCAAAGACAAGACGCUCGACAUCAGCAAGAACAGGAGGAUCCAGAAGAUGUCAAACGGCUCUCUGGUGAUCAGAGACGUGACCACGGAGGACACGGGCAGGUACACGUGUGUGGCCGGAAACAGCUGCAGCAUCAAAGACCGCGUGGCCAAGCUGUUUGUCGUGGACAAACCAAACCACUCCUACGACGAUGACGGGGACAAAGCUCCGUACAAGAUGAUCCAGACCAUCGGCCUCUCCGUGGGAGCAGCUGUGGCGUACAUCAUUGUGGUGCUCGGACUCAUGUUCUACUGCAAGAAGAGACGCCACGCCAAACGCCAGCAGAAAGGCGGCGACGGAGAGGAGCCAGAGAUGGAGUGUCUCAACGGAGGGGCCGUUCAACAAAACGGACACACCACCACAGAGAUCCAGGAGGAAGUGGCGCUCACCAACAUGGGCAUCACGGCAACGACAGAGAAACGCCACAGCCACGUUAACAACGACAAGCUGCACUUCCCUCGAGCAAACUUGCAGACCAUCACCACUCUGGGUAAAGGUGAGUUCGGCGAGGUGCUGCUCUGUAAGGCUAAGGGUCUGGAGGAGAGCGAGGACGAGUCAGUGGUUCUGGUGAAGAGUCUGCAGACCAGAGACGAACAGUUUCAGCUCGACUUCCGCCGAGAGGCCGAAAUGUUUGCCAAGCUCAGCCACCCCAACGUGGUCCGCCUGCUCGGUCUGUGCAGAGAGGCGGAGCCUCACUACAUGAUCCUGGAGUACUACGACCUGGGAGACCUCAAACAGUUCCUGAGAAUUUCCAAAAGCAAAGAUGACAAGAUCAAAUCUCAGCCAAUCAGCACCAAGACCAAAGUUUCCAUCUGUGCCCAGGUGGCUCAUGGGAUGGAGCACCUGUCCAAUCACCGCUUCGUCCACAAAGACCUCGCCGCCCGAAACUGUCUGAUCAACAGUCAGAGACGAGUGAAGGUGUCGUCGCUCAGCCUCAGCAAGGACGUCUACAACAGUGAGUAUUAUCACUACAGACAGGCGUGGAUCCCGCUGCGCUGGCUCCCUGCUGAGUCUGUGUUCGAGGACGACUUCUCCACAAAGUCUGACAUCUGGGCCUUCGGGGUGCUGAUGUGGGAGGUGUUCAGCCACGGGGAAAUGCCGCACUCCAAACUGAAUGAUGACGAGGUGCUGGAAGCUUUGCAGACGGGGAAGCUGAAGUUGCCCCCUCCUGACGGCUGUCCGUCUAAAAUCUACAAGCUGAUCUGUCGCUGCUGGGCACCCAGCCUGAAGGAGCGUCCGUCCUUCACCGACAUCGUCCACGCGCUGGGGGAGCUGCCAUCUGACAGCAAAGUCUGAGACGACCAUCAGCACCCCUGAAUCUGAGGGGAACUCUGACCAAACCCCUCCCCCCACCCCACCCCCC